CUGAAAAGUUCGUUACCAAUUGAAAGUCGGAACAACAAGUCGUUGAACUAUGAUUCACUUCUAUUGCUGUAAGGAAACGAUACUUAACAAUUGUAAUUAUUCAAAUUUCAAGGUAUUCGUUAGCAAGUUUUGACAGUUUGUCCCGAAAAUUUAGUUACCAAUUGAAAUUUGCAAAAGCGGAUACCAAACUUUUUCUUUCAUAUAGUUUCAAAAAGCGAAAACUGAAAUAAAACAACUCUGCGCCUAAAAUGGGAGAGCUUUCAAACAUCCCCGAUGAUGAGUCAUCUCAUUUGGAGAAGCUGAGAGAUGCUCUUUUGGACGCUCCAGUUGAUCUGGCUCUGUUCAGUGGUUCCUUGAGACGACUUUUCAACGAAGUGAACGUCACUGGCCAGGACGAUGCGACUAGAACGUUCCUGGAGGUUCGGGAUUCCACUCGCCAGCAAUCGAUUGUCUAUUCAAAGGAGAUUCUGCCGAAGACAGAGGAAGCGAUUAAGAUGAUAUCUUCCUACAUGGAUUCGUACUCGGAUUUGGAUUUCGACGAGUGGGCAGAGUGUCUAAACGAUACUCUCGAGGAGCUGAAAGAAGCGAAGGACGUCUGCGAAGUUUUGCGACAUAUGCACAACGAAAUCAUUAUCGGGAUGAAGAAAAACGAAGACAAAGCCGUGGUUGGAAUUGAAAAACUGGAAGAAAUGAAAAAUCAAUAUGCCAGACAAAGACAAGAUCUCAUAAAGGAAGCGAGAGAAUCGAAAGAGAAAGCACAGUCGACUCGAUUCUGGGGAGCAGUUUUUGGGGGAGUGACGUUGGGAAUAUCAGCUGCAAUUUGCGAGGGGGUGGCUAGCGGUCACGACCUUGAGUCAGACAGAAAGACAGCGGAAGCAGUUGCAAAAUUGCAAAAUGCCGAAAUUGCUAGUAAAGCAGUCAUGUUGACGAGUACUGAGCUGAUCCCCGCAAUCGGGAACUUCAUCAAGAGUCUGGAAGUGUGCGUGAGCUUUAUCAACUUGUCUAAAACGAAGGUAGAGAAAAUGAUCAGCGCCGGAAACCACGGGGCGAAACAGAAGUACUACAAGAUGAUGAAAAACAGGGCCAAAGAAAUCAGCGAGCUGUGUGAAAUGUUCGUGAGUGUGACGGAUCGCAUGCGGAAUAAUUUGGCUGCCAUUCCAGAGAACCCAGAUGACAAAAACUACGUGGAUCAGUGGCUGGAAAGACAGCUCGAGGAGUUUGCACAGAAAGAGGAGCGAGAUAGAUCUAGAUUUGUGAAGUACUUUAGGUCGCAAACCAAGGCUGUGAAAAACAACUGAGACUCAAGAAACUUCUCUGGUUAAUAGUAGUUUCACUGAAUCAUUUAAUUUAGUCGUAUAAAAUGAACACUCUUAAACUGAAAAUUUUUGAACAAGUAUUCACCAUCAAACUUCUUUGAACGAAUUCUUGCAACAACUGCAACAAAUCAUA